GCUCCGGGGGAUUCCGGGUCGCCGCCUUGGCCGGGGCAGAUCGGAGCCAUGAGCACAGCCUGAACAACUAGCAACUCGACCACCACACGAGUUCACCAAACACAACAUGUCCAUCUCACGGAUCCAAAAAGGGCUCAAGCUCAUGGGUGAGAGCGGCACAUCCUACACCUUGCUUUCGCCUUUGGUCCGACGAACCCCUCCUAAUGUCUGGCAAGCAUUCCGGUCAGACAAUGAAAGGGAUGAAUUGAUCAUCAAACAUCCACAAGAUGAAACCGAGUGUGAAAAGAGAUGUUUCCAAAGGGAGAUGGAUAUGCAAAAACUGUUCAAACCUUCCAGGUAUAUCCGGAGGAUGGUUGACGUGAUUCCGGCCAGUUCAAACCUUCCCGAUAUGAUGGUUUUAGAACCAUUUCAGAAGACACUGUGGUCUGCGCGUACGACACGACCACUCGCGAUCUGGGAAAUCAAGUACAUCAUGAGAGCAGCCCUUCUCGAGCUUCAAGAAAUACAUAAGCAGGGACGUGUAUAUUGUGACUUUAAAAUGGAGAAUGUGCUGCUCAGUGGAUUCAACAACGAUACCACCAACGAAGAUCAAAUAGACUUGGCGAAGAUGGUUGUCAAACUCUCCGAUCUUGGCUCUGUCAUGACUACUGAUCGGGGCGAUGUGACGUCACUCGCAUACAGGAGCCCCGAGGUUUACUUCAAAAAACCCUGGACCAGUGCCAUUGAUAUCUGGGCCUGGGGCAUUGCGUACUUCCAUCUCAUUCAGGCACAGAUAAACUUCUCGUCACCGGGAAUUUAUGAUUCGAUAGUCAAAGGAACGACUCUCGAGCAAAAGGAAACGGCGGUCCAAGCUUCCCAGGUGCACGAUUUCAAUCUUCGAGAAAACGAAUACUACAAGGACUGCGAUUUCUCAGCGGUCAAGGACGUGGAAUUAGAAUUCGAGGAGGAGCAUUGGACGGAUCGGUUGGUCGCUCUAGGAGUUGCAGAAUAUGACGUGGUAUUUCUCUACGCUGUUCUGGAACCCGAUCCUACGAAAAGAAUGACCGCGGAGGAUAUCUUUGCCACGGGCUAUCUGGAUAUUUAUCAGGCAUGAAUGAAUCAAUCUCUCUUCCACCGAAAUCAGGACGAUCACAUGACCCUCGUCGCAGACCGCCUUCAUCCGCUGCCUCCUCUUCCCCUCAUCACCAACAGUGGCAGUGACCACGCCAUCUCUCGACAAUGGCAGGGCAUGCGUCCUCCCGACUGUUAUCCCAAAACCAACAUCCGCCAACAGACGAUCAUCCGCGCGGUCGCCCAAGGCCUGAUAACAGAUCCGAGUCCAGACUCUGUCGAUUGCAGGAAACGUC